UUUCUUUGGGAUUCCGAUUUCUUUCCUGCCUGAAGUGUGCACAGUGGGCUCGAACUUCCUUGUCUAAAUCUUAUCGGAGAUUGUCGCUGGUUGCACGUUAGGUAAUUCAGUCGAAAAACGCCGUUUUGAUUGUUGUUUUUGCAGAUCGGAUCUAUAAAAGUUGUUGACUCUGAUUCGUUGCAGGGAAUCCGAAUUUUGGAAAAUGGCAGAUAAUGAAAAGGGGGAGGAAACUUAUUCCCGUGGAAAUGAAUGGGAAGUUGUGUCACUCACGGCCUCAACGUAUGCUGCUGCUCCUGGUCCAGAAGGAUUUGAAUCUAAUGAUGAUAAGGGCCAUGAGUUUGUUGAGGAUGAACACGAAACCUCUCGUGCAAUGUUCAUGUCUGGUCACUUUGUGUUCCCACCAAGUGAGCAAGAUAACAGUGAGAUUGAUAAUGAAACAAAGGAUGUGCCUAUUGCUUCAAACAAGGUGCUCGGAUUGGAGAUGGAGGUAGGGGACAAAUCUGACAAGAAAAAUGAUGAAAAUUGGGAUAUGAAAGGAUUGACCGUGCCUGAGGAGUUGCCUGGAAUGCAGUACUUUGAUGAAAAAGGUAAUAGGUUGUCUGAUGGUAAUACAGAGUUUGAAGAAGGCGUAGGUUUGCAAGGGCUUAAUCUGGUUGAUGAUGAUAGUAGUAUAUAUAGUGCUGCUAAAUUCAGUUCUUUUCAUGCUGAAGCAAAUGAUAGUGGAUCAAAUGUGUAUGAUGAGCACAAUGUCGUUGACGAACCCUGUGAUCUUUCUCAGCAAAGCUUAAAUUCUACGUCAGAUUUGUCAAAGUCAACAAGUGACAACAAAAAGGAUGAGUAUAAUGGGCGUGACCUUCCUUGUGAAGCCUGGUGGAAGAGAGGGGCUGCUUCUUUGUACGCUCAUGCAAAGGAGGCAAAUGCAUUUUGGUCUAUCUUUGUCGCUGCAGCCUUGAUGGGCCUGGUAAUUAUUGGGCAGCGGUGGCAGGAUCAACAACUUAAGUCGCAAUUCAGCAUCAAGGACGAGAAGAUGAACCGGAUGCUGGGUCCAAUUUCUCGGUUAAAAGAUGUGAUUGUGGGUGGCCACCGCCGAGGUUCUACUAUCAGAGGCAGUACUGAGCAUUAAAAGAUGAUGACGAAAAAACUGUAGAGUGCAAAAGAGGUGAGGGAAGGGAGAGAUGGUAUGUUAUAUGUUUGUUUGGAGUGUAAGAUACAAACUAUUUGCCUGUGACAGUCAAUAUUCCAGGUUUGAUUACUUAUUUUA